CUAUCUGAACGCAGAAAUAGCAAUAUCGCUCUGCAAAAAAUUACUCAAAAUUAUGGUUGCAAGAUAAAUUGAGAUGGAAGUAUGCAGUUGUGGAAUUACAAGCCCAGUUAUAUCGUACAUUCCACCUUUUCUAUUCACGCUCACUCUACACGCGCCGUCCUUGCCAGCGCUGACUACGCUCUUUUGCUCGUACAGGCUUGUAUCAUGGUUGACUCGAGUGACGUAGCGGUCUUCGCAUCAUGGUCCAUUGCAAAGUCGCAAGCAGUCAACGUUAAGAGAUAACGUAGAUGUCUUGUAAUGCUGCGAGUCACUGUGACAUUAGCCGGUUACAUAUAUAGGCUGGCGACUGUAAUAACACGCAGUCUGAUUCGCUAGCAUCUGUUGUGACAACCCCUAACCCAAGCUGCUUGUGGACGACAUUCGACAGUGACACCUGUUGCGGAUCACAUAUAUACUCUUCAACAUGGCUGAAUGCAAAACAGGAUGGUGUGGUAAAGGUGAUCGUCCACGAACAUUCCUCAAAAGGCAACCAGUAAUAUGCUAUGAUAAACCUGCAGCUGCUGGUGUGGACCACGCCCUUUACGACACAUUAAGACAUGAAGCGCUUUUAGGAGAGAAAAUAGAGGAACUACGAGUUCCCAAGAAAUCAGCAAGAACCUGGACCAUGCAACGUGGAGAUUUGUGUCGCAUUACUGUUGUUGAAGGAUCACAGGUUGGGGAUGUUAAUUUUUGGAAUCUCCAUAACACUAAGGAGAAAUUUUAUUCUGGUAAAACACGCCAGCUCCAUUCAGCACACUUGACUGUAUAUGAUAGGUUAUGGAGUUCACUGCCUUAUCUUCGACCCAUGGCAACAGUUGUUGGCGAUUCCCUAAAAGCAUAUGGCAUUGAUGAAGAUGGCGCUUCUGUUCAUGAUGUAAUUGGUACAAGGUGUGACAAUUAUACUACAAAACUCAUUACGGGGAAGGAGAGUGAGGAUUCUUGCCAUACAUAUCUUACGAAAGCAGUUGAAAAGUUAGGAUUACAGGAAGAAGAUGUACAUGAUGUUUGGAAUAUUUUUAUGUGUACUGGCUUCUCCCGUGAUACUCAUCAAUACUUCACAAAGGCCAGCCCUGCUCGAAAAGGAGAUUACAUUGAAUUUAUUGCAGAUAUGGAUUUAUUGGUAGCACUGAGUGCAUGUCCUCAUGGUGAUGUAUCUAUAGCGGUUGGACAAGAAAUUCCUGAUUCUAUCUGUCAUCCUCUUCAAGUGGAGGUCUAUCGAGCUACAAAACCAUCUCUUGUAUUACCACCCUUAGAAAGACUGUAAAAGUGAUUAAAUCAUCAAAUUCAAAUGAAUGUCAGUAGAAAAAUUGCAAAUGAAAAGUGUCAAACCUGCAAAGAUUGUUUUACCAGACCAAAACAUAAUUAGGCUUUUACAUAAAAUCUGGUUUAGGUAUACCUUUAAUUCGUCAAUACAAAUAUUACAUACCUUAAUUAAGUAUAAAAAAAGAAGAGAUAUUUGAAUGUCAUAAUGUUAUUAGCCCUAUUACAUGUGCUUUGUACCAUCAAAUAUUUUCAGUUGUUGAUAUUAAAUGUACAUAGUGAUUCUUUUAAUACUUUAACACUUUAUUCCAAUGUGUUUCUCUAUGAUAGACUUCCAUUUUCUCUUCCUCCUCCAUUAUAUCUUUCCCAGACUUCAGCAUAUUCCAGAGCCACUUGAAUACAGCCAUCUUGAAAUGUAGAUUUACAUUAAUUUGAAAUAUUGAAUUAUGCUCUUAUUCCACAGAACAAGCAUAUUUUGAUAUAAUAAUAAUUUUCUUCUUUCAAAUGCUGCAUGCGUUUCGUAAUUUCAGUAAUACAGAACAAUUUAC